ACCAUACCAGAGUGGGUCUCUCUCUCUCUCUCUCUCUCCCCUCUGAUGCCUCCAAGUGCACCCUAUACGGGUUGUGGUGAGAAGAACCCGUUGGGCAGGGUUGUGUGCUGGAGCUGCUGUAAGAAUUCCCUCCUAAAGGUAGAGAGGAGGAUGAAGCAGUCCAGAGGAUCAGCCGUUUCAGAUGGAUUCGAGGCUGGGUAAAGUGUUUUGUUCCAUGGAAGAGCACACGCGCCAAUACUGACGCGGACGCGCGUCGAGUACGGACGCGGAAGCGCGUGUAAGACGCGCGCCUGAGUUGACGCGAACGGAGUGACGCGUGCCGGAAGUGACGCACGCGGAAGACGCGCGCUCAAAGAAGACGCGCGCCCGGAAAUGGACGCGCGCGCCCGGAAGUGACGCGCGUCCGGACUGACGCGCGGGAAAACGGCGUCAGGAAGUGACGCAAUAAGAAGACGCUGGCAGUGUGUGCAAGGCUGGCGUUUUGGCUGGAUGUGAUUGUACACUUCGCCGGAAGUUGGAGAGCGUUGGUUCACUCGGCUACAGACUGUGAGUGCCUUUCCAGUGGAAUCUUGCUUUUGUAAUUGAAUUUAUGCUUAUGGAAUAAUGUGUUACAGGUUACUAUGGAUCAGCCUGGCUCUGGAAAAGGAUCUCAGCCCAAAGGUCCUAGGUAAGCUGGCUGUGGAUAUAUGGAUGUAAUGAGAGAGAACGAUAAUUAGUGGCUGAUGGUUGUCUUUUCCAUUUUCAGCCUACAUAUGUCAACUGAAUUGCAGAAAGGGGAGCCUACUCUCUCAAAGAAAGCGGCUUCAGCUACGGACCCAGUAGCGUCUGCAGACCCUCAGCCUUCAGGAGCCCCACAAUUGGAUGCUCUGGUCUCCAUCAUCAAGCAAGCUGUAGUACAAGGCAUGCAAGAGGCUACUGCUUCUACCUCUGGGGUACAGAGGAAAGCUAAGAGGGUCAGAGAUUUGCCAUAUGAGUCUCUAUCAGAUGUGUCAGAUGAAGAAUUGUAUUCUCCAGGGGACGCACAUUCAGAACUCUCAGAGGAGGGAGAAGUGUUUUCUGAGGAAGAGAUUGCAUUUGAUCCUACAGCGAUAGAGAAUCUGGUAAAGGCAGUAAGGAAGACGCUAUGUCUUUCGGAAGAGCUACCUAAGUCUAGUUCAGCAGAUAAAUUCUUCCCAUCGGUCAGGAAAAGACAGGUGACUUUCCCGGUGCAUGAUUCAAUUAAGGAAAUCAUCAGCUCUGAGUGGAAGAGAACAGAGAAAAAGUUUGUUAUCCAGGGGAAGUUUGCAAAAAAGUAUCCGGUGGAGGAGUCUUUCUCUAAAUUGUGGGACAAUCCGCCUAAAGACGACGCUGCCAGUGGAUGAUGCAGCAGCUUUCCGUGAUCCAAUGGAGAAACGGAUCGAAACCAACCUCAAGAAGACGUUUAUAGCGGCAGGAGCAACUUGUAGACCGGCAGUAGCUAUGACCUCCACAUCAAGAGCUAUGAAGGUGUGGUUGAAUAACCUGGAAGAUGCCAUUUCUUCUAAUGUCAAAAGGUCUGGGUUACGUGAAAUGUUGUCUGAAUUGAAACUA